AUGCAUGAUCUUAUCACGACACUCAUGGUAUAUAUUCCCAAUGCUGUGAACGAAUGGUAUUUGUGUCUUGCUGAAAGCAACCCCAAAUCCAACACUCCCCAAGUAUGCUCCACAAAUGGUGAAAACGACGGGCAACUACCCAGAGCGGCAUCCCGAGAACUUUGGUAUAGAGUGCCAUUUCGGUUACUGCUCUUAAAUAUGACAGAACAAGCAAUAUGUCACUGUGGGAGAGGCCGAACAUUGAGGGACCAUCAAGAAAUUCACAAGUCCCUCAAGGUAUUACGUAUCAGUACUGGUCGAGGAUCAUUUCUCUUUGUAAAUAGUGCUCCUGUCUCCGUCGGCGCCAGUGAUGCUAGCCAAAGCUUGUGUCCUCACCAGUGCGGAGACCCCCAAACAAUCACGGCCCACCAGGAUAUCACCAAGACUCUAGUGAUGGAUGAAUAG